GUAUUUUGCGGACAACUAGCUCUCACAGCUGCUGUAAUUGCUGCUGCGGGAGAAACCGGAGCGGCUGUAGUCCGCGCGCCCGCCCUCCCCCUUUGCCGAGAGACACCGCCUCUUGCUCUGGUUAUACACCUAUUGCGGGGAGCGGCGGCUGCAACAGUCCUUGGACCCAACGCUGUCUCAUCUCUUCAGACGGCCGCUUUGCCGGUCAUUCCCGCAGCCCCGCUUCUGACGGCGCCCCCCUGCUCCUAACCGGUUCCUCACUUAAGAACGUCCUUUCACUCAUCCUCGCGCGGGACUCACCUCCCACGGUCUUGCCGAGGUGGAGGAAGACGAGGAGACGAGAGUCACCCUCCUAGGCGGCGUCGGCCCCCUCACCCGCGGGUGUGUCCUAUAAAUGGCGUCGGAAAGCGACACCGAAGAAUUCUUUGAUGCCCCAGAAGAUGUGCACCUAGGGGGUGGCUACCCUGUAGGAAAUUGACCUCAGGCUCCCCACUACUGACAGACUGCCAAAGUGCCUUGGAGAAACUUAGUGAAGUUCAUCAUUUGAUUUUCAAUGGAGCAAUUCAAAGCUGCUGAAGAAACUACUAUUAUGUGUGCCCCAUGUAUUCUCUCAACCCUUGUAGUAUUCCUGUGAAGUCUUCAGAAAAGGUUGGAAUUUCAACAUUAGAGGAAACAGAGAACACUGCACACAAAGUUGGAAAUGAGUCCCCUGUACAAGAAUUGAAACAAGAUGUGAUUAUUGAAAGUAUUAUUGAGGAGACUCAGAAAGUACUUCAGCUUGACGAUGACUCUUUGGCUUCCAAAGGAAAAGGACAGUCUGAUCAGGAUACUGCCAGUCCUCUCGUGGCUGGAACAGAUCUUAACAAUAUACCUGGACUUUUAGCCACAGGUCAAGUUCUACAGGAAUAUCCCAAAAGGGCAGAGAGUCAGAAUACAUCUGAAGAAACUGAAUUAGAACCCAAAAAAUGUUUUUCUUCCAAUGACACCUGUGAGAAGCCAGUAGAUGAAACCACUAAGUUAACUGAAAUAAGUUCAACUAAGCAGCUUAAUGUGAUUGAAACUGAAACAGAAGUAUUGAACAAGGAAGCAGUGGAAAUCAAAGCAAGUGAUGUUCUAGAAUCUGCAUCCUCAAGCUCCUCAUCUGCUAAAGAUUUUGCUACUGUGGAAGAAUUGGCUCCUGCCAAACCCCCAAGACAGCUUACCCCAGAACCUGACAUAGUGGCUAGUACAAAAAAGCCUGUCCCAGCACGCCCACCCCCUCCAACUAAUUUCCCACCUCCUAGACCACCACCUCCAUCUCGACCUGCUCCACCACCAAGAAAAAAGAAAAGUGAAUUGGAGUUUGAGGCUCUUAAAACACCCGAUCUGGAUGUUCCCAAAGACAAUAUUACAUCUCAUAUGCUAACUACGAGCAUGGCUUCAGAGAGUACAGUCAAGGAUUCUCAGCCUUCUCUUGAUUUGGCAAGUGCUACCAGUGGAGAUAAAAUAGUUACUGCCCAGGAAAAUGGAAAAGCACCUGAUGGGCAGACAAUAGCAGGUGAAGUGAUGGGCCCUCAGAGACCUAGAUCCAACUCUGGGAGAGAGCUUACUGAUGAGGAAAUUUUAGCCAGUGUAAUGAUUAAGAACCUGGAUACUGGAGAAGAAAUACCUUUGAGUCUUGCAGAAGAGAAACUGCCAACAGGUAUUAAUCCUCUCACUCUACACAUCAUGAGAAGGACUAAGGAAUAUGUAAGUAAUGAUGCCGCACAGUCAGAUGAUGAAGAUAAACUACAGUCUCAUCCAACAGAUACUGAUGGUGGAAGGUUAAAGCAGAAAACGACUCAACUGAAGAAGUUCCUAGGAAAAUCAGUGAAGAGAGCAAAGCACCUUGCUGAGGAAUAUGGUGAACGUGCUGUAAAUAAAGUUAAAAGUGUUAGAGAUGAAGUGUUUCAUACUGAUCAAGAUGAUCCUUCAUCAAGUGAUGAUGAAGGAAUGCCAUACACAAGACCAGUCAAAUUCAAAGCAGCACAUGGUUUCAAAGGACCUUAUGAUUUUGAUCAGAUAAAAGUGGUACAAGAUCUUAGUGGUGAACAUAUGGGAGCUGUUUGGACCAUGAAAUUUUCUCACUGUGGCCGAUUACUUGCCUCAGCUGGACAAGACAAUGUAGUGAGAAUAUGGGCUUUAAAAAAUGCUUUUGACUAUUUCAACAAUAUGCGAAUGAAAUACAAUACUGAAGGACGUGUGUCCCCAUCACCUUCUCAGGAAAGUCUAAAUUCAUCAAAAUCUGAUACAGAUACAGGGGUAUGCAGUGGAACUGAUGAAGACACUGAUGAUAAAAAUGCACCAUUUCGACAACGGCCAUUUUGCAAAUAUAAAGGACAUACUGCUGAUCUCCUUGAUCUUUCAUGGUCUAAAAACUACUUUCUGCUCUCUUCUUCGAUGGAUAAAACAGUCAGGUUAUGGCACAUUUCCAGAAGAGAAUGCCUUUGCUGUUUUCAGCAUAUAGAUUUUGUUACUGCCAUAGCUUUUCAUCCAAGAGAUGACAGGUAUUUUCUGAGUGGUUCAUUGGAUGGAAAGCUCCGCCUUUGGAACAUACCUGACAAAAAAGUGGCUUUGUGGAAUGAAGUAGAUGGUCAAACAAAAUUGAUCACAGCUGCAAAUUUCUGUCAGAAUGGCAAAUAUGCAGUGAUUGGGACAUAUGAUGGCAGGUGCAUUUUCUAUGAUACAGAGCAUUUGAAAUACCACACACAAAUACAUGUACGAUCUACUAGAGGACGCAACAAGGUUGGAAGAAAAAUUACCGGCAUUGAGCCUUUACCAGGAGAAAAUAAGAUACUGGUAACCUCAAAUGACUCCAGAAUCAGACUAUAUGAUCUUAGAGAUUUGUCACUUUCCAUGAAGUAUAAGGGUUAUGUCAACAGCAGCAGCCAGAUCAAAGCAAGUUUCAGCCAUGAUUUUAGUUACCUCGUUAGUGGCUCAGAAGAUAAAUAUGUUUAUAUCUGGAGUACUUACCAUGACCUAAGCAAGUUUACUUCAGUCAGGAGAGAUCGUAAUGACUUUUGGGAAGGUAUUAAAGCACAUAAUGCAGUUGUUACAUCAGCCAUCUUUGCCCCUAACCCAAGUUUGAUGUUGUCUUUGGAUGUGCAAUCUGAAAAGUCAGAAAGUGAAGAUGCUGAAGUUUUAGAUACUAUACCCUCUGGUAUUAUGAAGACAGAUAAUACAGAAGUUCUUCUCUCUGCUGACUUCACUGGAGCAAUCAAAGUAUUUAUUAACAAAAGGAAAAAUGUAUCUUAAUUUGAAAUGCCAUUUAAAUAAAUACAUCAGUAACUUUCUAUAUGUAUCAGAAUUGAAAAAAAUUAUAGUGUUUUAGGCUAACAUCCUUUUUUUAAUUUUUGUGGGAAGAUGUUCAAAUAUAAUAUAUUUUUUGAGAGGCAGUGUUAAUGAUCUAGUAAACCCUGGACUGAUAGACUAGAAAGGAAUGUGGCUAGAAUAACAUUGCCAAAUAUUAGGCUUUACAUUUGUUAUAUUUGUGUUUUUGUUAUAUAAUUGUGAACAUGCACAGGUUUUUGCAUGAAAAUAUAUUAAUAUAUUAAUCCCAUGUGUGUGCCUUUUGGUUACAUGCACUAAAUCUUAACAAAGUUAAAUUAUUUCAAUGACUCUUUUGGCCUCUUACUGGGAAAGGAGUCUUAUUUCUAGCUUAAACAAUUUCUUUUGCACAAAAUUUCAUUUUUAAGAAAAGUGGUAUCUUUUGACUGAGUUAUUGUUUUAAAAAUGUUAUAUAGGUUUUCAGUAGGUCAACAACCAUGUGUAAAUGGUUUUUAUAAAUUUCUCAAUUUGGAGACAAGAUUUUGUUUGUGGUCUAAAUUGUGGACUUAACAAUUCUUUUCUUUGUAUGUAUAUAUAUAUAAUUUUUUUGCCACACUGGAGCACAAUGUUUCUAUGUAAAGAUUUUUUUUCAUUCUUUAUCCAUGAGCACCAGGCUUUGCUCACUUAAAAAAAAUUAAGCCGCAUUAAGGAGUGAGUCUUCUUUUUUACAAUAAUGUAAAAUUGAACUGUUUACAUUUUUUUAAAACAUUGUAGUUUUAAAAACUAAGCUGUUUUGUUUUGUGUUAUUGAACUUGAAAGCCUUUGUAAAUAUUGAUAUAAUGUACCAAGGAAAUAACAUCUAGGGCAAUGGUACCCUGAUCAUGUCAUUGAUGAUUAGCAUAUGUUUCUGAAAAUUAAAUAGUUUAUUAAAAGUUGGUCACCAACACCUGCUAAAAAUGUGACUUUAUUUUCAGAUGACAUUGAUAAUUUGAGAAAUGCAAGACAAAGUCUUGUUUUAUAAUUUUAUUUUUAGCAAGCAGAAGGCCAGAUUUUAAACCCCUAAAUUAUAGUGCAUUAGCUACAUACCUCUGAGAAAAAAAGAAAAUUUAAUUCUGGUUCUAAAAUGAACAUUGCUGAGUUUAUCUGUAUGCUUAAAUGUUUUUACUACAUUUGUUUUCAGUAUGUAAGCAAGAAGCUGGAGAGCCAUGAUCAUAUCCUUGUUAAUCAGCAUGGUCUUGGAGUGGUCUGGAUUUUCUAGUUACAAAUUGAAUAUUGUUUGCCUAGGUUUUACCCCUGUGCUGAUUUCUUCCUCUUAUCAAUGCUGUACUCUCUUUCCCCCUCCUCUCUGUUCUCCUUACUCCCCUGUUCUCAUCUCUGUCUGCUCACUCUUCUGUAUUUUACCCAACAGAUAGAGUAGUAAUGCCAUUGGCUUUCUGACCAGUCUUUUUUUUUUUUUGGUCUCAUGGUCUGGAUUGGUCUAGAGCAGCGGUUCUCAACCUGUGGGUCGCGACCCCUUUGGGGGUCAAACAACUCU